UAAAAUAAAAAGGCUAACUUGAAGAAAACAUAUUUUUAAAAGCUUCUAAGUUUUAGGGUUCAAGACGAGUCUGCAAAAGCGCCACAAACUAUAAACCCUUGCAAAACCCCAAUACGCAGAACUCAACACUUGACAACAAUGGCGGCAAAACCAGACGAUUCCAAAAAGCGAAAGCAUGCACCAGCAGCCGGAGGUAAAUCAGCUCCGAAGAAACUGAAAUCAUCAACGGACAAGGUUCUGAAGAAACCCCAUAAAUCGACAAAGCAGCUGGGAGAUAAGAAGCAACAACCCAAGCCUCAUGUCCCAGUUGAAUCCAAGCGAGAGCGUCGUAUACAGGCAAAGGAGUUAGCUGAAGCAAGGAAGAAGAAGAGGAAGAAGCAUUACACAUUGGAGCAAGAGCUAGCAUCACUAUGGGAGAAGAUGAGAACUCGAAAUAUUGCGAAAGAAGAAAGAUCGAGAUUGGUGAGUGAUGCUUUGAAGAAAAUGAAAGGGAAGAUCCCUGAAAUAGCAAGCUCCCAUGUUUCUUCUCGUGUUCUUCAGACUUGUGUGAAACAUUGUACACAAGAUGAAAGGAAUGCUGUGUUUGUGGAGAUUCGACCUCAUUUUAUCACUCUUGCUACCAAUACCUAUGCAGUUCAUCUGGUGACAAAGAUGCUUGAUAAUGCAUCCAAAGAGCAGCAGGCACAAUUUAUUUCUGCUCUUCAUGGGCAUGUUUCUACUCUUCUUAGGCAUAUGGUUGGUUCACUUGUUGUUGAACAUGCUUAUCAGUUGGGAAAUGCAGCUCAAAAACAAACUCUUCUGAUGGAGCUGUAUUCCCCAGAGCUUCAGUUGUUCAAAGAUUUGAUCUCAGCGAAGGAAGCAAGGCUAGUUGACGUUAUAUCCAACCUACAGCUUCAAAAGGGUUCAGUUAUACGACACAUGACCUCUGUACUUCAGCCUAUUAUGGAGAAAGGGAUACUGGACCACUCAAUUAUACACAGGGCACUUGUGGAGUACUUAACUAUUGCUGAUAAGACUUCUGCUGCAGAAAUAAUCCAGCAGUUGUCAAGUCCAGACCUUGUUCGGAUGAUUCACACAAAGGAUGGAUCCAAGAUUGGGAUAUUCUGCAUCAAACAUGGGAGCGCAAAGGAGCGGAAGAAGAUCAUCAAAGGGAUGAAAGACAAGGUUGGAAAGGUAGCACGUGAUAAAUGUGGGGCUUUGGUGCUUGUCUCCAUCCUUUCAAUUGUCGAUGACACAAAACUUCUAUCAAAGGUCAUCAUUCGUGAGCUUGAAGGAAUUCUGAAGGAGCUUCUUUCAGAUCAGAAUGGUAGGCGCCCAUUGUUGCAAUUACUGCAUCCAAAUAGCUCGCGCCAUUUCAGCCCUGAUGAGCUCGCAGCCCUUGGUUCAUCUGUUCCUUCGCUUGUCACCAAGAGCCCAUCAGAAGUAAAUGAAACAGAAACUUCAGGGCUUGGUGAAGCUGGUAAAGAAGAUGCUGAUGUCACCGAGAGUUCACUAGUGAAUGAAGGAGGAAAGAAGGAUCCUCUUACAAGGCGGCAAGAAUUAUUGGUCCAUAGUGGGCUAGCUGAGAAACUCAUUGAUGCAUGUUGUGAGAUGGCUGAGGAAUUGCUAAGAUCAAACUUCGGUAAAGAUGUCAUAUAUGAGGUUGCCAUGGGAGGUGCUGACAGCAUCCUUAGUCCAACUUUAGAUGGAAAGUUGGAAACCUUACAUGGUGUUAUAGCAUCUCUGGCAGCACAUCCUAAAAUGGAGGGGUCAGAUGAACAACAUCUCUUUGAACACUUCCAUUCUAGCAGGACCAUCAGAAAACUGAUCUUGGACUCCCCUUCUUUUGCUUGCACUUUGUAUGAAAAAGCGCUGAAAGGAAAAUGUUCAAUUUGGGCUCAAGGCCACAGUGCGAAAGUAAUUAGUGCAUUGUUGGAAACUUCAAGUGCUAUGGUACACAAGCUUGUGAAGAAGGAAGUGCAACCAUUGGUAGAUGAUGGUAUCCUCAAAUUAGCCAAAUGAUCUCCUAAAGCAGAAUGAGCCUACAAUGAGGAUGAACUUCUGGUUAAAACAAUCUAAGAAUGAAGCGUCCCAAGGUUAUUAUUAGAUCAAGGAAUGCUUUGGACGAGUUCCUGGAAAAAAUGCCCUCACACUCGAAUGGUGAAGUUUUCUAUCAAGUCAAUGACUAGGUGAUACAACAAAAGAGUUCUUUUUUGUACCAUAUAUAAAGAUAUGGAACAACACUUCUGGCCUGUUAAAAUCUUGCUUUGUUUCCUAAUAUUCAGUAAAGCCCUUCAUUUAUUUAAUCAUUAAAACACAUCUUUUACAGGUAUUUGAACUCUGAUUUGUCUAUGACAUGAAGAAGUUGAAAACUUUAA